AACCCGGCGGGCCUGCUGACUAUGCCCCGGAGCCCCACCUCCAGCGAGGAUGAGAUGGCCCAGAGCUUUUCUGACUACUCCGACGACUGCGCCUCCGAAAGCUCCCACGAAGAAACCAUCUACGAGACGAUAAGGGCCACGGCCGAGCCGAUGCAGAACCGCAUGGACGACAUCCACAUCAACUCGCUGGUCGUCCGCGUCGUCAUCCCCGACCUGCAGCAGACGAAAUGCAUGCGGUUCAACCCGGAUGCGACCGUUUGGGUUGCCAAGCAACGGAUCCUGUGUACGCUGAACCAGAGCCUGAAGGAUGUGCUGAACUACGGCCUCUUCCAGCCGGCCAGUAACGGCAGAGACGGCAAGUUCCUGGAUGAAGAACGCAUCCUCCGAGAAUAUCCGCAGCCAAUCAGCAAGGGCGUCCCGUGUUUGGAGUUCCGCUACAAGAGCAGAGUUUACCGGCAGCCCAACGUGGACGAGAAGCAGAUCGCCAAACUUCACACAAAGGCCAAUCUGAGGAAGUUCAUGGACCUCAUCCAGCACAAUCAGGUGGACAAGGUGUCGAAGCUGUUGGAGAGAGGCUUCGAUCCCAACUACCAUGACAGCGAGACUGGUGAGAGUCCGUUGACGUUUGCAGCACAUCUGGACAACGUGGUGGAGAUGAUCAAGCUGCUGAAGAGCGGAGGAGCUCACCUGGACUUCAGAGCUAAAGACGGCAUGACCGCUCUCCACAAAGCGGCAAGGUCCAAGAACCAGGUCACGCUCACGGCGCUGCUGGAGCUCGGAGCGUCUCCAGACUACAAGGACAGCCGUGGUCUGACUCCUCUGUAUCACAGCGUGGUGGUGGGAGGAGACCCCGGCUGCUGUGAGCUCCUGCUGAACCAUCACGCUACCGUCUGCUGCCAGGACGAGAACGGCUGGCACGAGGUCCACCAGGCUUGCCGUCACGGCCAUGUGCAGCACCUGGAGCAUCUGCUGUUCUAUGGAGCAGACAUGAGCGCCCAGAACGCCUCAGGAAAUGCUGCUCUACACAUCUGUGCCCUAUACAACCAGGUCCCCGGCCCUGCUCCCUGCUCGCUGCUCCCCUGCUCGCUGCUCGCUGCUCCCUGCUCCCUGCUCCCUGCUCCCUGCUCCCUGCUCCCUGCUCCUCCUGCUCCCUGCUCCCUGCUCCCUGCUCCCUGCUCCCUGCUCCCUGCUCGCUGCUCGCUGCUCCCUGCUCCCUGCUCCCUGCUCCCUGCUCCCUGCUCCUCCCUGCUCCCUGCUCCCUGCUCCCUGCUCCCUGCUCCCUGCUCCCUGCUCCCUGCUCGCUGCUCCUGCUCGCUGCGGGCGUCCGUGGCCAUGCUGCGGAUGAUGGGCUGUGCUAACGGGCGCUCUGCUCGGCAUCUCCUCCACAGUGACUGCGUGGUGGAUGAGAAGACGGUGGUGCUGCAGAAAAAGGAGAAUGAAGGAUUUGGCUUCGUCCUGCGAGGUGCAAAAGCGGAUACGCCCAUCGAGGAGUUUACUCCCACGCCGGCUUUCCCCGCGCUGCAGUACCUGGAGUCAGUGGACGAGGGAGGCGUGGCAUGGCAGGCAGGACUCAGGACGGGAGACUUCCUCAUCGAGGUAAACCAGGAGAAUGUGGUGAAGGUGGGUCACAGACAGGUGGUCAACAUGAUCCGCCAGGGAGGAAACCGGCUCCUGAUCAAGGUGGUGACAGUGAGCCGGAAUCUGGACCCUGACGACACGGCUCGUAAAAAAGCUCCUCCGCCACCAAAGAGAGCUCCCACCACGGCUCUGUCCAUGCGCUCCAAGUCCAUGACCUCCGAACUGGAGGAACUCGUGGAUAAAGCCACUCUAAGGAAAAAGAAAGGUGAUGCGCAGAAGAAGAGGAUUGUUUUCCAAGUCACUCUAAACAAAGUUGAUGAGAUGACCCACGCUCAGAAGGCAUCGCCGGUUGAUAUGAAGAUCGCCACAAUCAAACCACGGCCGUCCAGUCGCUGCUUGGUUACGCAGGCCGAUAUGAACUCUUUGUUUCAUGACCGCCAGGGAGUAGCAGUGGUGCCACCCACUGUGCCCGGAGCCUUCCUAGGGAUACCUGAGAAGAGCACUCUGAAGAAGCAGAAGUCCAUAGGUACAUCAGAGGAUGACAAACAGGGAUUCCUCACACCGCCUCUGCUCAAGUUCUCUCGGAGCCUCUCUAUGCCCGACACCUCAGAGGACAUCCCUCCUCCCCCAGCCAUUUCACCUCCUUCGCCGCCUGCCUACAACUCAGCUGCUGGCCCGACACCCAAGAGCUACGGCACGACGCGACCCGGCUUCACUCAGAACUCGCCCAACGCGGUGACGACCAUCAGCCGAACCACCGACGUCGGUACGUUACGGCGCGGUUACUUCCGACAGAGCUCAGAGCAGUUUGAGAGCACACGCACUCGAGGGCGCACGCCGGUGCCCGAGAACCCGUACUCCGAGGUGGGCAAUAAGACACUGUACGUGCCAGCGAAACCUGCUCGGAGGAAGGGGAUGUUGGUAAAGCAGCCCAACGUCGAGGACAGCCCGGAGAAAACGUGUCACAUGCCAACGAGCCCCUCUGGCCCCGUUUCCAUGCCUACCACACCUGUAGAGCGAACGUGCUCCUCCAUCCCCAUCCCCACCAUCAUCGUCAAGGAGCCUUCCACCAGCAGCAGUGGCAAGAGCAGCCAGGGUAGCAGCAUGGAGAUCGAGCCAACCACUCCUGAACACCCGCCUCUCACGCCGACUGUCGGUGGGAGCGGAGGUUUGCGUCCCGAUGACCCGCUCUCUCUAAGCAACCCUUUCGCGGCAGCUAUUGCUGGGGCAGUCCGGGACCGGGAAAAGAGGCUAGAAGCAAAAAAGAACUCAAUCGCCUUCCAGUCAAUAGAUAUCGGGGAUGACGACCUAAGUGGUCCCACGCCGACCCCUCGUCUUCGUCAGUCGAAGUCCAUCGAUGAAGGUAUGUUCAGUAGCGACGAGAGGCUUCGAAGGAUACUGGCUCCCCCAGAAAAGCUUGGGCGACCCGUUGGGGGUGGUAGUGGUAACAUGACUGAUUUUAAUACCCCAGAGCCCACAGUGGUUCGGGAGCCUCUAAACACUAGAACAGGCCAGUGUCCCAAUCUGGAUAGUCCAGUUAGUCUCCCAGCCACUCCCCCUAAAAGCCACUACAGGGCGAAUGGGACCUACCUCCAUCCUGUCACCGGCAAGCCCUUGGAUCCUAAUUCUCCUCUGGCUCUGGCCCUGGCAGCUCGUGAUCGUGCCAUGAAGGAGCAACAAAACCAUCCUCAGAAUCAGUCACAAAAUCCUCCUCAGGUUCAGCACACCCCCAAGCAUGAAGCCCAGUCCCUUCCCAUUCAGCCAAGCCGCAAACCAGACCUCAACCAACCGCUGUUUAUCGACACCAAACUAAGAUCCGGGAUCGAGACGAGUUUUGCUGCGAUCUCCACAGCAACCAUGGGGCGACCCGGCCGAGGUGGCCUGCGGAGACAGAUGACAGAGCAGAAGUAUGAGUCCGAUGGGGCGCGGGAAGAACGGAAGCAUCAGGCGGUAGAGGAGAGGAAAAGUGCGCCGGCAGACGUGUCGGAGCCAAAGUCAGCCGGGUUGUUGAUGGUCCACACCAGCACAGACGCAGGCAACAAGGCGAACAACCAAGAACUGGAGGGGCAGGACAGCAACAGGCCAUCUGAGCUGAAAGACCCCAACCAACCCAAUCCUCUCAAAGCCCCGACACUGUCUGCCAAUCCCCAGCCUCCAUCAUCACGGAGAAGGAGCAUUCCUUUAGGCGAGUCCAUGGAUGAACCAGUAAAGCUGCCCUUCCGAAUCCCCCCUCCCCCUCUGGCCUCGGUUGACAUCGAUGAGGACUUUGAAUUCACAGAACCGCUUCCCCCACCGCUGGAGUUCGCCAACAGCAUUGACAUCCCUGACGACCAGGCCAGCGCCAUUGCAGAGAUGCUCAAGCUGCAGAGACGGAACGGGGGACCUGCUCUACCCCCAUACCACCCCCACGCCCCACCGCCUGUUUCUGAUCAGCACAAACGGGUGACUAACAGCAUGCCUCCCUCGUACCCCCCUCCUCCGCCUGACCAAGAGUCAGGGGUGAGCGACUCGGGCAUCGAGGAGAUAGACAGCCGCAGCAGUGGAGACCCUCAGCACAUGGAGACCACCAGCACCGUUUCCAGCAUCUCCACUCUGUCGUCGGAGGGGGGCUUCUGCGACAGCGCUCUGGAGAGCCUCUACGCCACCGCAGACGGGCAUGCCUUCCUGGUGGAUCGGCCUCCUGUGCCACCCAAACCGAAAGGCAAGUCCGUCAUCAACAGAACAUCACUUUAUCACGAUGCCCUCAUCGAAGAGCCACCAGAGUCCUACGGGUCGCCACCUCAGGCCCCUCCCCCGCCCCCUUCGUCCUCUGAACCUCCUAGGACUCCUACUCAAAGGACAUCCAAGCUGUGGGGCGAUCAGCCCCCCGAGCUGCGCAGUCCCCCAUCCACACCAGACGGCAAGAACACCGUUAUUACCGAGCUGAGCUCCAUUCUGCAGCAAAUGAAUCGUGACAGGCCGCCCAAGCCAGGAGAAAGCCUCGACUCCCCCACGGGGAACAGGGGGGGCUUCGGAACAAGGCCUCCAUCAGAAGACUCAGGAAUGCGUAGCAACGCUGCCGCUGCUGCUGCUCUCACCUCCACUCCUCCCAGCAGCCUCCCGUCCCAGAUGCAUCCCUGCAGCCCGCCGGACUCCGCCUCCUCCCUCACCCCCUGCUCCUCACUGCCGCCCUCCGUGUCUCCCACCCUCACAGACGUCUUCGGCCUGCCGACCCCGCCCAUGGGCAGCGGCGGCGGCUACAGCCUGAGCUCCUCGUGCGGCGGCAGCGGGAGCUCUCGUUCCCCGUCGCCGCUCACGCUGAUGCAGGCGGUGGCGUCUUCGGGCAAACCCUUCGCCUCCAAGCCCAUGGAGCUGUGGAGCAAGCACGACGUGGCGGACUGGCUGGAGAGUCUGAACCUGGGGGAGCACAAGGACGCCUUCCUGGACAAUGAGAUCGAGGGAGCCCACCUGCCCUCGCUGCAGAAAGAGGACCUGAUAGACCUGGGCGUGACGAGGGUGGGCCACCGCAUGAACAUCGAGAGGGCCCUGAAGCUGCUGCAGGACAGAUAA